GUUAUCACUGUAUCAGUUAGGUGCCGGGGUGUGAGUGCAGUGGCAACCUGACCAUCAUCAGCUGCUCACCUAACAACAGGAUGAGGGUGGUCUGGAGUGUAGUGUAUUUCUGCUCCUGGGUAGUUCUGGAGGUGAACUGUCAGAGUUUAGCAGGACUACUCAAGUUCCUGGGUGAGGGGAUCCAACAUAGCAACAAGGAGCCUCGAGACUACAAUACCUUCCUCAAGGAGUACGACUUCAUCAUAGUAGGCGCAGGAUCAGCUGGGUGUGUUGUCGCCAACAGACUGACUGAGAACCCCGACUGGAAAGUUCUUCUUAUAGAGGCUGGAAUGGAGGAGAACUACUUGAUGGAUAUUCCCAUCGUUGCUAACCUUUUACAAUUUUCUGAUGCCAACUGGAAGUAUACCACUAUUUCCUCCAACUCAUACUGCCUCGCGAUGGACAAACAUCGGUGUAAAAUCCCUCGAGGCAAGGUGAUGGGAGGCAGCAGUGUACUAAACUACAUGAUCUUCACCAGAGGCAACCGUCGAGACUACGACCACUGGGCGGCCAUCGGCAACAAGGGAUGGAGCUACAACGAAGUCCUUCCGUACUUCAAAAAGUCAGAGGACAUCGUCAUCCCAGAUAUGAUGGAAGACACAGUUUAUCAUCACCGCGGAGGUCCUCUCACUGUCAGCAACCCUCCCUUCCGUUCUCCCCUCGGCCAAGCCUUCGUACAAGCUGGUCUAGAGACUGGACAGCGAUACGUAGACUACAACGGAGCUGUGCAGUCUGGCUUUGCUUAUCAUCAGGCAAGUAUGAAAAAUGGAACACGAUGGAGCACAUCACGAGCAUUUUUACACCCCAUCAACAACCGUAAAAACCUUUUUGUAACAAAGAAUACUCAAGUGACCAAAGUACUCAUAGAUCCCACGACAAAACAAGCCUACGGAGUCGAAUUUGUCAAGAACGGCCGCAAAUACUUUGUUCGAGCUCGUAAGGAAGUUGUUCUCAGUGCUGGUGCAAUCAAUUCUCCACAACUCCUGAUGUUGUCUGGAGUAGGGCCUAGGAAACAUCUGCAGACCUUUGACAUCCCUGUGAUACAGGAUCUACCUGUGGGAGAAAACUUGCAAGACCACGUAGCUUUGGGUGGGCUAACCUUCUUGGUAAAUGACUCUGUGAGUAUAAAGGUGGACAGAGUUCUUGAAAACCCUAGAACUGUCAACAACUUUAUCAACUACCACAAAGGCUGGCCUUCCAUCCCAGGAGGUACUGAGGCCAUCGGCUUCUACGACCUGCAAGACCCCGGCAAUCCUGACGGUUAUCCAGACCUAGAACUACUCUUCAUUGCCGGGACACUCUCUGCAGAGCCGACACUCAAGAAAAACUUUGGCAUAUCAGACACUAUAUACAACUCUAUGUACAGAAGCACGGAGAAAAUGGACGGCUUCAUGAUCUUCCCGAUGGUGCUUCGCCCCGGUAGUAAAGGGUCUGUCAAGCUGCGUUCAAAGAAUCCAUUCCACAGUCCAGUCAUAGACAUGGGCUACUUCACUGAUCCUGCUGACCUCGAUGUAUUGGUCGCAGGAGUGAGGAAGUCACAGGAACUAGCCAAGACAAGAGCGUUCAAGAAGUACAACGCACGUCUACUCAAGUCAGUCAUCCCCGGAUGCAGACAGUUCAAGUUUGACUCGGAUGACUACUGGAAGUGCCACGCUAGACACUUUUCCUUCACUAUAUACCACCAGUCGUGUACAUGCAAGAUGGGGCCUAUUGGGGACCCUACAGCUGUGGUGGACCCCAGACUCAGAGUUCAGGGUAUCCGAGGUCUAAGAGUAAUUGAUGCCUCCGUGAUGCCCAAGAUUCCCGCAGCUCACACCAACUCCCCGACCAUCAUGAUAGGUGAGAAAGGGGCCGACCUCAUCAAACAAGACUGGGGAUUCUCCACCCUUAAAUGACAUGUGAUACGAGACAAACUCUUCUGAAUACUCUGAGCAAGUGAUACGUUAAACUAAAUUGCCACAUAAGUUAGGAUCCUUGAUUUAGUAGUCAAGAGGCUGUGUUAUUAUUAAUAUUAUUAGCUUUAAGUCAAUCUUUUUAGUAAUAUGACGUAUGAAUAUCCUAUUUAGAAAAUAGCUUAGUCAAAUAUUGUUUUAGAUCUAGGCUAAUAUUUAUUACUCACAUUUCAGUAAACGUUUAGUGUUUUUAAUAUGUAAAUUAUUGUUAGCAUUUGUUUUUGACAAGAAAACCUUUGAA